AUGCAACAAGUGCACGAAGCAAGGAUAAAUGAAGCAGCUUUUGAACAAGAUGAUGAGGAAGAAAUAACAGAUUUGAUGCGACGUGCCAAACGGACCCUAAAUGUCGUAGCUGGUGCUGCUCUACAAAUGCAACGGGAGUUGCAAUGGUUUAAGGAAGUGGAGAAGGUAGUACAACCUACAUACAUGGAGCUCGAAAACAAAAAGAAACAAACACCAACAGAUGUCUUUGUUAGAGAGCACAAAGACUUAAUGGACAAAGGGGAGCAGUGGAUGAAAGAUGUUAUGGCAUUUUUCUCAUCCGUCACUUCAGUACUAAUGUUCUUAUCUAUUCCGACAUCGCGAUAUGCCAUGGAAGAUUUCCUCGAGUUAUUGCUGAAAAGGUUGAUACUAGGGCUUGCGAGUCUCUUCUUCUCUAUAGCGGCCAUGAUGGUAGCAUUUAGUGCCACACUUUGCCUUGUACUUAACCAGAAGUUAGCAUGGGCUUUUCUUCCAAUUGGUCUGGUGGCUUCUUUCCCUGUAUCACUAUACGUAUUGCUCCAGUUCCCUUUGCUUGUUGAGAUGAUACAUUCUACGUAUUGGCCUGAUCUCUUCCAUGGAGACACAGAGAUCCAACCCGGAACUCAUUAUUGA